AUGUGAAGUCUACUAAGUAGUUUCAAAUAUCUUCUUUCCACGGCUGCUUUGGGCUGAAUAUCUUGUAACAGAGUUGUUUCAAAGACCAAGGUUUGGCUAUUGUUCUCUCUGUGUGUUUGAUGCAAAGGCUCCACAAUGGAUAUCACAGAGCUGAUCGUGUUGGUGACAUUGACUUUAGCUUCACCAGCUGAUAGUAAACACCAUUCAGGCUCAAGAGAACCGCUUCCUACCCUGUCGACUUUACAAGAUGCUUUACAUGCCCUCAAGAUGAAGACUGAGGCCUUGGAAGAAAAGCUUGGUGACAUAGAAUCGGUUGUUCGUACACUUCAGGCAUUCAUCAAGACCAUGGAAUCAAAUACUGGUGACAUGGUUCCCCACGAGACUUUUGAUGCUCUAGAGAUGAUUAUUCAGUAUUACAAGGAAAAUUUGAAGGGUAAAGACGUUUCUUUUCGUGCUACAUUUAAAAAAGAAGUAACUUUGAUCGAAGAAGGGAUAAUAAAGUUUGACCAUGUAGUAACAAACGAAGGCGAUGCCUACAAUGCUUCCUCCGGUAUCUUCACGGCGCCUGUCGCGGCCGACUACAUCUUCGGGGCUCAGAUCAUCACGCCCUUUCCGUCAUCCCCACUACACUUAGAAUUGAAUGUUCUGGGUAAAAAUUGGCAUAGAAUAUUUAAACCAGGAACAGACCAUGAAGUUAAAUUUUUAUUUUUCCAAAACAUACCUCUAGCGGCCGGAGACACGUCGUUUGUUAUGAACAAAGGCCCACAGAACAUUUCUGCAACGCCAGAAAGCUUUUUCAUCGGCGGGAUUGCAACACAAAUUCAACAUUCCAAAUGAAAAAAAAGAUGCUAGAUAUUUCUAUGUUCUCGCCCUAAACAUUUGACUUUUUUCUUCUUUCUUUCUUUCUAAAACUAAGGGGCCUGAGAUUGUAUAGCUCUAGUGAAACUCAAGGGGGUUGUCUCUUCUUGUUGGCUCGAAGGGAGCGCACUCUGUCUUCUUCUCGCCCAGUGAUGUUCGUCCUCCUUCGUGUGUCCCAUGGCUGUGUGUUUGUUGUUGGGCCGCAGCCAACCUUCUGACCUGGUCUUUGCUUACCUGCGCCAUGUCGUGUCCACUGACACACCAUCUUGCCCUCUAACGGUCUCUGGAAGCUUGGUCACCGUGCCUCCACCUCUCCAGACUAUUUCUCCGGAACAUGCACUUCCUUCAUAUCGAGCUGUUUCACACUGAUAUGCAAAUGAAGGUCGUAUCUCUCCUGGCGAACAAACAAAACUCGUCUUAUGAUGGUCACUGUUUACAGCAAAGGUACAUAACCGACAAUUUAAAAACAUUAAUUAACUUGAAGGAGUUGUCGUUUUGCAAAGGCAGUGCAAAAUUUAACUUAAAGUUUACAGAUUACACUUUCCCUUACUUUUACAUGUAAAAACUAAUAAGACAUGUAGGAAUGAAAAGACGAUGUUGAGAUAUAGUAAGAUGGCAUAGCAAUCAACUAAAAAUUAGUCCUGAGUAGAUUUAUAAAUAUUUUAAGACCUAUCAUCAAUGUGAAGGUGACGAAUACUCGUUUUUUUAAAAAAAAAUACUUAUUGAGUGCCAGAACAUUCAUUGAUCUUAGCCCUUGUAGUACGAUUUUAACCUUUGCUGCAACUGAUUGAAUGGCUGGUUGGUUGUAUUUCCCUCUGGAGCAGUGGAGUAAGCUUCGGUUUUCCACCACAAGAAUCCAACAAGAGUAAUUAUUAUAAUGAUGCCGGUAGCACCCAAGUGCUCUUUCAGUAACAGGGACUAAGCAUCGGAGGCGAGCUGUCCCAUAUGAUUUUGUGUUGUCACAUGACACAGCUCAAUAGUGUUUGUCGAGUGUAUUUCGGAUCUUUAGCGAGUGCACAAGUGAUUUGUUGUCCUAGUCUGCCAUGUUUUAAGAUGGCUAAGACCAGAAUGUGUUUCAAAUAAUGUCCAAGCACCGUAUCCUGUGUUCAGCUAUAAUGUGUAAACAAAUACUACGACAGUUCUUCUUUCCUCCCUUUUUGAAAUUUAAAAAGUAUAUUUUGACAGCUCUUAUUUUUUUAUUGAGAUGUAAACAAUCUUUGUCCUGUUUGUCAAUUCCUUCUCUGUAAUGAAUGUAUACUUAUUUUAUUUUCUUUAAAAAUAAAGGCGAACAGGUAAUAUC